AUGAUAUUCGAAAAAUUGAAUGUUGAUCUAGAAAAUGUUCAACAUUUGAUUGUUAUAUUAGCUGUUCCAUUUUCAUUUGCACGUUUUAAAGUAGCAGAAACACUUCUUGAAACAUGGAAAAAAUGGACUAUGAAACAUCAAAAUAUUCCAUUUAGUGAACAUACAAAUUCAAUUUUUGGUUUUCCUGAAAUCUAUGAUGAUCUUCUCGAUGAAUGGAUACAUGAAGCACAUAUUAAAGAACGAAAUUGUAUACUUUCUCGUCUUCGAAAACUUGCAGAAAUGAAAAAAACAAGAAUAACAUUAUUCAGUGGUGAUGUUCAUUGCUGUGGUAUUGCUCGAUUUCGAACUCGAAACAAUAUUCCAUCACCUAUUCAUGAUUCUAAAUUAAUCUAUCAAAUAAUUUCAUCUGCUAUUGCCAAUAGACCACCACCAAAUUUUGUUAUUCGUGCUGCUCAUCUAUUUAGUACUAAAUGGUAUCCAAUUACUAAUAUCGAAGAAGAAAUUAUUGAUUUUUUCGAUCAAGCACCAGAAUAUUGA